CUCAUCCACGGAAUUCGACCCUCUCAUCCCCUCGCAACGCGCCCAGCAUGGCAGCGCAACUCAAUCGCCUAUUCGCGCAACGUCUCGCUAUCACGACGACCGCUCGCACUCUCCUCCCCCCGAUCACCGCCGCACACGCGUCUUCACGCGUAGCUCUGCCACUCGCCGCGCCCGCCAUCUCAUCCUCGUCCUCCUUCGCUACAGCCGCUGCCACGCAAACGCAGACGCCAGCUCAGAAGAAACGCGCCGCAGCAGCAGCAGCGAGGGAAAAGGAGCGCGCACAAAAGGCAAAGGAGAGGGAGAGGGCCCGGGCGGCUAAGCUCAAGGAGAAGGAGAAGGUCAAGGCUGCAAAGGAAAAGGAGAGGGCCAAGGCGAGGCUGGCCAAGGAGCAGGCCAAGGAGGCCAAGAAGCUCAAGCCAUGGGAGCUGCUUGAUGCAGAUGGAAAGAAGGUUCCCCUCCCUACCGAGACCCGCCCUCGCAUUCAGAGCGCUUGGAUUCAUUUCCUCUUGCAACGUCUCCCCACCCUCAAGUCGGAGCUGGAAGCAGCUGAUCCAUCCCAAGUCCCCAUCGGAGCCCCCGCCGUAGCCCGUCGCGCCGCUGACGAAUGGCGCAGCAUGUCCGACUCUGCAAAGGAGCCCUACACAUCCGCAGCCGCCCGUCAGAUCGCUGAGCGUCCCGCCAAGCUGGCCGAGUGGGAGGCCAGCCUCACGGCGCAGGAUCGCGCCCGUAUAGCGGCGUACAAUCGCCAUCUGGGCAAGGUGGGGGGCAAGAACCAGAUCAAGAUCACGCGCGACCCGAAGCGACCUGUGAAGCCUGCGACUGCUUUCAUGAGGUUCUUGAGUGCGAAGAGGGAGGAGUAUGAUCAGGAGGGGGUUGGGAGGGGAGUGCCGCAAGCUAGAAAGGCGGGCGAGGAGUGGAAUAGGCUAGGCGAGGAGGCGAAGAAGACGUACGAGGCUGCCUACCAGGCUGAAAUGCCUGCUUACAAGGCGGCCCUGGAUGAGUACCUGCGAUCGACGACGGUUGCGGCGUAGUCGUGCGCGGCGCGCGACGCGGCAGCGACAGGUGUCAUCUAAUGUAUUGAAG